AAGAUCAUGUUAGGCAUUAGCCGCCUUGGUUGAACAAGUCCAUGAAGGGAAGAUAUAUAUAACUGUCUUUGAAGAAGAAAUAUAGAGGGAGGUGAGGAAAUGGAAAGGAAGAUGAGUUGGAGAUGGGCAGCGGUGGCAGGGGUGUUGGUGUGGUUUACAGUAGGAAGCAGGGGAGAGCAGUGUGGAAGCCAGGCAGGGGGUGCUCUGUGCCCAGGUGGGUUGUGUUGCAGCAAAUUCGGGUGGUGUGGAACAACCCCUGACUACUGCGGCGAUGGUUGCCAAAGUCAGUGCAGCGGAAGCAGUGAAGGUGGCGACCUCGCUGCCCUCAUCUCCAGAGACACCUUCAACCAGAUGCUCAUACAUAGAGAUGAUGGUGCAUGCCCAGCAAGAGGAUUUUACACCUACGAUGCUUUCAUCGCUGCUGCUAAGGCUUUCCCCAACUUCGCCAACGACGGAGACACUGCCACUCGCAAAAGAGAGAUCGCUGCUUUCUUCGGCCAAACAUCCCACGAAACUACUGGAGGAUGGCCCACUGCUCCCGAUGGGCCCUACGCAUGGGGUUACUGCUUUGUUAGAGAACAGAACCCCAGCGACUACUGUUCCCCCAGCUCCCAAUUCCCCUGUGCUCCUGGCAGGCAAUACUACGGUCGGGGUCCCAUUCAACUAUCAUGGAACUACAACUACGGACAAUGUGGAAAUGCAAUAGGCGUGGACUUGCUGAACAAUCCUGACCUGGUCGCCACAGAUCCAGUCAUCUCGUUCAAGACAGCCAUCUGGUUCUGGAUGACGCCACAAUCGCCAAAGCCAUCCUGCCACGACGUCAUCACCGGACGAUGGAACCCCUCCGAUGCUGAUCGUGCGGCUGGGAGACUUCCUGGGUACGGUACUGUCACCAACAUCAUCAAUGGUGGCCUUGAAUGCGGCCAUGGCCAAGAUAGCAGGGUGCAAGACCGCAUCGGAUUUUACCAGAGAUACUGUAACUUACUUGGCGUUGACUAUGGCAGUAACCUUGACUGUUCUUCACAGAGGCCAUUUGCAUCUUCUCUGCUGCUUCUCGACUCCAUCUGAAUUGUGAGGAAAAGGAUUGAGGAACUCCUCGCGACAACUCACUCUCACUUCUCAUUUAGAGACUAGAGAGACACUGUCACUUCUUUCCAAAAUUAAAUAAUAUGUUCCUCAUCGCGUUUCAUAUGCAACUUUAACACAAUUCAAUUUCAUUUUUUUUAAAUAUUAUAAAUAUUCAUAAUUUAAUCAUUUUC